GCUACAGGAGAGGUGACAGGGUUUAGCAGAGGUGACAGGGUAAGUGAAUGGGUUUGGCAGAGGUGAAAGGGUUUGGCAGAGGUGAGCGGGAGCUACAGGAGAGGUGACAGGGUUUGGCAGAGUUCAGGAGCCGCAGGAGAAGUGGCAAGGCUUGACAGAUGUGACAGGGUUUGGGGUGGCAGGGUAGGUGACAGGGUUUGGCAGAAGUGACCAUUUGUGAGGAGUUACAGGACAAGUGACAGGGUUUGACAGGACCUGCAGGGCUUGGUGGGGGUGAUGAGAUUUGGCAGGUAGGUACCAAUGUGCUCCCUGACAGAUCUGGAUGUGGGGAGAUGGUUGAGGAUCCCUGGCUUUGCCUGGCCCCAGUGAGUGGUGUUUUGCUUUGAGAUGCCUUCAGUGUUUGACAAAGAACCUUUCCAGAUAUGCUGCAGAUAUUAAGUCAUUGCCACCCAACAUAAAGGAUAAACUGAUUAAAUUAAUGAGCAGGCAAGGGCAAAUAACUGAUUCAAAUAUCAGUCAGGUACUGCACCCUGCUGUUGAGUCUCUAGACCUCCGAGACUGUGAUAUUUCAGAUAAUGCAUUGCUGCAGCUUUAUAAUUGUAAGCAGCUGAAAAAAAUCAACUUGAAUUCUUGCAAGGAAAACAGAUUUGGAAUCACUUCAGAAGGUGUCAUAGCACUGGCCUUAUCCUGCCCUUACCUGUGUGAAGCCUCUUUUAAAAGGUGCUGUGAUAUAACUGACAGUGGAAUUCUUGCUCUUGCACUCAACUGCCAGUUCCUACAAAUAGUGAACUUGGGCAGCUGUUCAGGCAUCAUGGAUGCAUCUCUGCAGGCACUAGGAGAAAACUGCAAGUUUCUUCACAGCGUGGACUUUUCAUCUACUCAGGUAACAGAUGAUGGCGUUGUAGCACUAGUGAGUGGAACAUGUUCAAAGAAUUUAAAGGAGAUCCAUAUGGAGCGCUGUGUGAACCUGACUGACGUCGCCGUGGAAGCCGUCCUUAAUUGUUGUCCCAAGAUACACAUUUUUCUGUUCCAUGGAUGCCCAUUGAUAACAGAUCGUUCCCGAGAUGUUUUAGAGGAGCUCAUUAUAUCAAACAAAAUCAAGCAAGUCACAUGGACUGUUUACUGAUCAUUUGUCCCAUACAAAUGAGUGUCAGGUUUACAGAUGGGAGAGCCCUUUCAGCAAGCAAGCACCUUGGAGAGCCAGUAGGGGACUUUUGUACCACCAGAUUGUGAACCUCCUGGUUCCCACUGGAGGUCUCUGUUGCUAUUCCAGUCCUUGCCUGUGAGUCUGGGCUUCCCCAUUGUCUCUGCUUGGAGCCCUGUCUGUCUUUGCGUCGCUGAUGAUACUUCGUUAAGAGGAAAGUUAAACUAUAAUUAACACCACACUGAGCCAUAGCUCAGCCCCCUCGAAGUGUCAGACUUGGCUGCUCCUUGGCAUCCUUUAGCAACUUAGCUACAUGUACAGACACACUUUAAGUAACUGAGUUUGUAGGCUGGCAAGGUACUUUCAACUAAAAGUACCAAACGAAAACAUAGCACUGACACUCACACAGAAGUGUCUGUAAAGUUGGGAGUUAAAUCUGACAAAAGUCAACAGACAGAACAGGUGAAUGGAGGUGGCAUUGAGAGCAAUACAAAUAUAUUUUUAGUAGUACAAACAAUCUCCUUUCACCACGUACUUCUCCUAGAUCUGGAAUGAAAAAUGUAGGUACCUUUCUUCAGAUGUUACUGAUGCUGCUGAUUUCUGUUUGUACUUACCAUCAAAUACUUGCUGGAUUUUUACAUAUCCAAAGCUACAGUCUGUGAAUGUGUAAACAUAAACUUGCUUUGGAAUUGUUAUGGUGACUUUACAAAUUUCAGAGUAGUAGCUAUGACCAGUAAAAGAGUUUUGUAUAUGGGCAAAUAUUUAAUUUGCUCUGGCUUUUGCCUAUGUUUCUACAUGGAAGUCCUUUUAGGGAACAAAACAUUAAGCACUCAUAAGCAUAGCUGUGAGUGAAAUAGGACCAAAUUUUGUGGCUGAGUAUAUAAAUCUCAGGAUGGUGGAGUUCAGUAGAGUACAUGUUCUGCUGUUUAUUAUAUUAAGUUAUUAUAAUAAUGCGGUUUAUUAUAUAUCCAGGGGCCCUCAGAAGCUGAAAAUAACAAUAAAUGUGUUGUUUAAUUAUAGUCAUAUUAGAGAAAAAAUUUUUGAAUUGUAGAAUGAAUUUAUUACAUGAUGGAGCAGUAGUCUCAUCACAGUUAUAAGUCAUGUUCAUUGGCUUUCUUGAACCAGCAUAAUCUCUUGUGAGAAUUCUAUGAUUUCUGCAUUAAGCUUCCUAAAAUGCUAGCAAUUUUAGCAUUGUACAGGGCAUGGAGCACACUAGGUUGAUACUCUGUAUGUGGAAGUAGAAGGGUUUAGCUAGGGUGGUCUUACAUGGAUCUGAGGACAUUUGGAAAUGCAUGAGUUUAGGCAACUAUAAUGAACAUGUUUACAAUUUAACACCUGUCAUAGCCACACUUAUUUUAAGUGUUGCAGAAAUAAUCCAGUCUUCUACUAAUCUAUUCAAAGUUCAAGUCAAAUUGCAUGGAAGAUACAUGUUGCAGCCAAUAUUAAAGGAUAUUAUGAUGUCUGACA